ACCUUGCGGGAUGUGCCGUGACGGGAAACUCGGUCCGACUUGUCUCAAACGUUCACCUUGCUCAAAUGUCGGCCAAGCUACACUUGAGGAGAAAUACUAAACCGACAAGUGUAGAGCUCCCCCCAGAGAUCUGGUCACUCAUUUUUGACUUGGCUACUCAAGUACCAGGAGCAUACGAUCCCGAUUGCUUGGCUUUGGCAUUCACUCAUCCACCCUCCAAAUUUCAGAUUCAAGAGACAAAAAAGUCUCUGAGCUCAAGAUCAAGGCUCAUCCGGGUCUGCAAACUUUGGAGUAUAUUUGCUUUGAAAAAUCUAUUUGAGCACAUCACCGUUGUACGUGAUGCAUCUAUUGUCUCCCUUCGUGACAAACUUGUGCGGUCACGAGAGGACGCUGGGACUGGCCAUCAUCUUGGCUGUUACACUAAACGUCUCGACAUAUCCCUCAAAACUAGCGACAUAAACAAGACCAUCACAAAUUUGAGCGACAUCAUCAGAUGUCUCCCUAAUCUCUCUUUCAUCAAAAUCUUCCUAAAUAACACGAAUCGUCCGGUCUCCAGGUUUAAUCACGGGCGCGAUAACACCGCUGUUCCCGAUCCCUUUCUUGAUGCGCUUUGCCUCUCCUGCCCAUCUCUUCAGGUCCUCGAAAUCCUGCCACGGUCCUCAUUCUACAUUCCUCACACUGAUCUUCAUCGAAUCUUCUCAUCAUUCCCGAAACUGAGCUCCUUCCGCAAUGACGGGGACAUGUAUCACUUGCUCACUCCUGGGGAAUCCUGCCUCCAUCUAGCCGCCUCCGUCACCACUGUCGCCAUUAACGACCUGUAUUUCAAAAGCAUACCUGUGGCCAUCCCCCCUGACCCAAGCACUUUCCCACUGCUCCAAACUGCCAUAUUCUACACCAUGAUAAGAGCCGAGAGACAAUUCUCGUCCUUCAUUCAGAUACACGGAUCUACCUUGACUACAAUCAUGAUCCGAUUCUCAAAGACUUCAACCCCUCAGGAUUUCUUCUGCGGGGUCCUUCGUACCAUAGGCACGAGUUGUCCUGGGGUCAUCAAUUUUAUGAUAUGGUUUGAUACUUGGAACUGGUUCGAGGGGCCAGCUGGCCUUACUCGCUUCCAUUUCCCUCCCUCCAUCAGAGUUUUCGGUAUACGGUGCAAGGAUCUCCAGGCGGAUAGCUGGACGUACGAAAGGUUUCUUUUGCGGUUGGAUCCCGAGAACGGGCGAAUUCUGAGGCUGCUUGAUGAGAGGCAUGUGAAGGAUUUGUGCCAGAAACAUACCAAGACGUUUAAGAGCGCUCGACGAAGACUUGAACCAGGAGGAUGGCAGUUCCAAGGCCCAGAUGAACGGAGUCUGCUUUGAGCAAGUACAAUUGUACAUGUGAGGAUACGCUGUUCUACACAUAGUGAGGGAAAAGAAAUUGAAUGCAUGCAGGAUAUUAUCAAUUGCGAGUUGAGUGGAAAGAUGGAAAGAAAAAAGUAAGCUAGAAGGAAAGAAAACGGGGAGGGGGGGGAGUAUAGGAAAAGAAAAAAA